AUGAGCUGGACCAGACUGCGCAUCGCGGUUUGGCUAGCAUGCCUCGCCGUAGAUGUGAUAGCAGCAUCCACCUCUAUACAACUGACCACAAUAUCAAAUGCAACUUCGCCCGGGGUAACAUCACCAGCCCCCCUUGACCCGGCAGCAGCCGCGAUGGAGCAGAUGGCAGCCUCGUUAUCCCCAUGUGCAGUUGCAAAGUCGCCUUGCAACGCUACCGACUUUACGUGUAUUUGCACAAAUCGUUUGCUCAACGGAAACAUUGGCGCAUGUUUGGCACAGCAUUGCACUGUGACUGAGUCUCUACGUAUGACAUCACUUGUUUGGAAGCGGUUUUCUUUCGAAGCCCAUCUAUCAUUUGAGGCACAGAGAUACUCGAAAACGUCUUGCAGAGUGCCCGUUCGUCGCAACACGGAUCAAGGUCCCAUCACAUGGACUCUCUUCUCUAUUGCGCUGGUGGCUCUAGCUGCUCGACUGAUCUCCAAAAUUCCUUCUCUGAAUCCUGCAUUCUCGUUCGGCUGGGACGACUGGCUGAUCCUUGCAUCUACUCUUGCGCUGAUCCCAGCAGACAUUGGAUCGCAAAUUUUGAUCGGUAUAGGUCUGGGGCAGGACAUAUGGAUGGUCUCUCCAGACAACAUCACCCAGAUUCUCUUGCUUUUCUUCGUCGAGGAGCUUCUCUACUCAUUCGUUGUGGCUGUCACCAAGUUGUCGAUCCUCAUAUUCUACCUACGUCUCUUCGCCGAGACCUGGUUCCGGGUGGUUUGCUAUGUUAUGUUAGGGGUCACGACGGUCUAUGGUAUCGGGCAGAUACUAGCUAUCGUCCUCGUAUGCUCCCCAGUGAGCUAUAAUUGGACGCAAUGGGAUGGUGAGCAUCAAGGAAAGUGCGGGAACGUUAAUCUCAUGGCAUUUAUCAAUGGUAGAGUGAAUAUUGCCAUCGACUUCAUUUUGUUCAUUUUGCCAGUCACUCAAUUUAUAACUGUCUCGUGGACUCUCAAGAAGAAGAUCGGCGGGUUACUGAUUGCCCUAAAGGGUGACGGCCUCGAGUGGGAUCCGGCUGGCUACAUUGGCGAAGUUCGGCGGAACGUAGAAUCCGACGUAUAA